AUGAAUGAACAAUACUCGCUAUCACACUGCACUCGAACCCCAGCGAGACUCACCACCACACUGCACUCGAACCCCAGCGAGACUCACUACUCACACUGCACUAUCACACUGCACUCAAACCCCAGCGAGACUCGCUAUCACAUUUCGCUGCACUCGAACCCCAGCGAGACUCGCUAUCACAUUUCACUGCACUCGAACCCCAGCGAGACUCGCUACCACAUUUCACUGCACUCAAACCCCAGCGAGACUCGCUAUCACAUUUCACUGCACUCGAACCCCAGCGAGACUCGCUAUCACACUUCACUGCACUCGAACCCCAGCGAGACUCGCUAUCACAUUUCACUGCACUCAAACCCCAGCGAGACUCGCUAUCACAUUUCACUGCACUCGAACCCCAGCGAGACUCGCUAUCACAUUUCACUGCACUCGAACCCCAGCGAGACUCGCUACCACAUUUCACUGCACUCAAACCCCAGCGAGACUCGCUAUCACAUUUCACUGCACUCAAACCCCAGCGAGACUCGCUAUCACACUUCACUGCACUCAAACCCCAGCGAGACUCGCUAUCACACUGCACUGCACUCGAACCCCAGCGAGACUCGCUAUCACAUUUCACUGCACUCGAACCCCAGCGAGACUCGCUACCACAUUUCACUGCACUCAAACCCCAGCGAGACUCGCUAUCACAUUUCACUGCACUCGAACCCCAGCGAGACUCGCUAUCACACUGCCCUGCAUUGCACUCGAACCCCAGCGAGACUCGCUAUCACAUUUCACUGCACUCGAACCCCAGCGAGACUCGCUAUCACACUGCCCUGCACUGCACUCAAACCCCAGCGAGACUCGCUAUCACACUGCACUGCACUCAAACCCCAGCGAGACUCGCUAUCACACUGCAGUAGGUGUAAAAGCUCUAUAAAGAUUAAAAGCAGAAUUACAGCCAGUGCCUGAAAAUGUGCAGCCAUGCAUGAAAGAGAGGCAGCUGUGCAUUGUCCUGCUUCUCAUCGCUGCUGCUGCUGCCUGCAGGCCAAGAGAGCUCCAAAUUAAACAGCAUCUUAAACCUGCACAGGCCAGCAUCAAACCUGCCUGUCUCAUUGCAAACAAGCUUUAACAUCCCCCAGUGCUUCACUCACUACAGACGGCUGGCUCCUUUGCUUGUCAUGAAAUGCAGCCGUGACUCUGAAUAAAGCCACAUUUGUAACUCUCCUGUUUAAAGCAGCCUCAUCCUGACCCUUCAAUCCCUCAGCUCUGAGCUCUCGUCUGCCUUACUGCGUCCCGGUGGCUCUGGCAGUCUGUCAAGAGGUUCCUGUGAGUCCUCUGCCCUCGGAUGGUCAUCUGUGGUAUCUGCUUCGGCUAAACCUGCAGAUCCUCAAACUGACUCUCGGUGCUGCAGCUGCAUACAAAUCGAUUGCUGCAUCGAACCUUUACUGAGCAGAACGAAGACGCUUUAUUUACUUUCUUCAUUUAGAAUAUUUUUCAUACAGUUAGACCAAUUUUGUACCUUUUUUCAUCAGUAAGGAUACUCUAACCUGUUAAAACGUUAUAAUAUAACUGUGAAUGU